CGUUGUGUGGGAUUGUGUGCCUUGCCUUUGCAUAUUUUUGUGUUAUGUGAUGAAAAUGGCUGGUCUAUUAUCGAAUGAUAUUUGGAAAAAUUGGGAAAAAAACGGAAAACAGGAAUUUGUAAAGACAUGCAUCCAGAUUUUGAAGGAUGAAUCAAAGACUCCUUUAUUUGAUAGGAGUGGUAAUUUGACCUGUAUUGUUAAAUACAUAAAUGAUUUGAUUGAUAAAGGAGUAAAGGGAAUAUUAAAGAAGGAGUCUGUUGUUUCUACAUUACAGGAAUUGGUGACUUUACAUGCAGAUAUUCCUUCAAUAAUACUGGACAUUUUAAAUGUGGAAGAUGCAGUUUCUUCACAAAUAGACAGUGAGGAAUUCAAAGAUAGACAGAAUUUCUGUGCAAUUGUUAAAGAAUGCGAGAAGUUUUUAUCAGACAAGUUGUUAAAAGAGCGACUGGAAAUAGAUACUCUUCAGGAGGUGGGAAUAUUAAAAAACAGAACAUUUUAUUCCAAGUUCAUUAAAGUUAAAACUAAGUUGUAUUACAAGCAACGCAAGUUUAAUUUGUUUCGCGAAGAAUGCGAAGGAUUUGCGAAGUUGGUAACUGAACUGAAUAAUGAAUUUAAUGAAAAUACCGAUCCAAACGAACUUAUUGCAAUUGUGCAAUCCUUAAUAGGUUGUUUCAAUUUAGAUCCAAAUAGGGUUUUGGAUGUAAUAUUAGAGAGUUUUGAGAAUAAGCCAAAGGAUGCUAAUGUAUUUGUUCCUCUCAUUAAUUCGUAUAUGAACGAUCCCAACAUUAUAAGCGAGGUUUUGUCAACAAAAUUUUCAUUUCUGAAGAACACCGACCAAGAAGUACCUCAAUCUUUGUAUAUAUUAUCCGCCCAGUUGUUGCAACAUAAACUAAUACAACUGGAUGACAUAUAUUUUUGGUUGGCACCGGAAGACAAAGUAAUGCAAAAGGAUUGCGAAAAGAACUUGAAAGAUGCUAGAGAGUACGUGCGGAAGUUACAGAUUAUUUCCAUCAGUAACAAGGACAAAGAGGAUACCCCAGAAGAGCCAGAUAGUAUUCUUGACAAAUAUGCAGGAAACCAAAAAUUGGGGUUGUGCGAGGCUCUUUUGUUGAUUGGUGAUUGGGAGACCGCCCAUAUACUUAUUAAACGUUUACCUGACCACUACGCUGUAGGAUAUGAGCCAGUGGCAGCAGCGCUUUGUGAUUUAUUACAUCACGUGAUAGAACCAGUUUAUAAAGAGUAUGGUAUCAUUGGACCUAAGAUACCCAGGAAAUCUUUACCUCCCCACAGCAGUCCCUUGGCUCCCAAACAGGCUCUGAAUUUCUUGGAUCUUAGAGAUAUUGCCAUUCCAAUGUUAUUGAUGCUUGGAUCCUCUUUACGUUUUGAUCCAGUCCUCUUAUGUAAAAUAGUAAGAAUAGCCAAAGCUGCACUUACCUUCCACGGAGUAGAAAAUGCAAAAUCUUCUCCGCCCACUGCAGAUUCUAUUUAUUACGAUAUUCUGUCACUUGCUGACGUGACGAUACUUCCUGCUUUGUCGUACCUGGACUGUAACUGUUGCAUAGCCGAAGAGGUUUGGACACUUCUAAAGCUAUAUCCUUAUCAAGUGCGCUACUGUUUAUAUUCUCGCUGGAAGAAUGAAACUUAUUCAUUGUAUCCAGAUUUAUUGAGGAAAAGGGGUGAUUCAGAGAAACAGAUAAAAAAUAUCAUGAAGAGGGUCAGCAAAGAAAACGUUAAGCCCGUUGGGCGACUCAUUGGGAAGUUGACGCAUUGUUCUCCAGGAUUCCUUUUUGACUACGUCUUAUUACAAAUUCAGGUGUACAACAACCUUAUUAAUCCGGUAGUGGACUCCUUGAAAUAUCUAACGAACCUGUCGUAUGAUGUACUUGGCUUUUGCUUGAUUGAAAGUUUAGCAAAUGCAGAUAAAAAACGUGUUAAGCAUGAUAGUACUUCAAUAUCAACUUGGUUGCAGAGUUUGUCAAGUUUUUGCGGAGCGGUUUAUAAAAAGUAUACGAUUGAAUUAACGGGAUUGUUGCAAUAUGUCGCCAAUCAGCUUAAGGCACAGAAAAGUUUGGAUCUAUUAAUUCUGAAAGAAGUCGUUCAAAAAAUGGCCGGUGUUGAUGCUGCAGAAGAUUUGACUAUAGAUCAGUUAAGUGCAAUGGCCGGCGGGGAACUUCUUAAAGCAGAGGCUGGAUAUUUUAGUCAGGUUCGAAACACAAAAAAAUCUUCAUUGAGACUAAAAGAAGCAAUGUCGGAGCAAGAUUUAGCCGUUGCUUUGUGUUUGUUGAUGGCACAACAGAACUAUUGUGUUGUAUACAGGGAGACUCAAAAAAGCCAUCUGAAACUGGUAGGCAAACUUUCAGACCAAUGUCAGGAUACUUUGGUUCAGUUUGGGACGUUUUUGGGAUCCACUUUGUCCGUGGACGAAUAUAUAAAUAAAUUACCCUCUAUUCAGUGCAUGCUGACUGAAUACCAUAUACCAAGUGAGGUGGCAUUUUUCUUGGCUAGGCCUAUGUUCAACCAUGCUAUUAAUCAAAAGUACGAUCAGUUAAGGAAAAGUGACCCGAAUUACAAAAAGAUGUCCAGUUCAUUGAAAAAUCAAAAAUAUUACGAAGCCGUAGUAGAAGUAAUGGAACCAGUUCAUAAAUCUUUGGUACCGUUACAUUCUCCGAGGACUUGGGAAGAUAUAACACCUCAAUUCCUCGCAACAUUUUGGUCGUUAACGAUGUAUGAUCUUUUUGUACCCGAAGAGACUUACCAACAAGUUAUCAACAAGACAAAACAACAAUCGUUGGGUGUGAUGGAUUCAGGUACCAAAGGAAAAAAGGAACAAGAAAGAUACCAAACGUUAGUUGAAAAAUUGCAAGACGAAAAGAAAAAACAAAGCGAGCAUGUCGACAAGAUCAUGUAUAGGUUAAAGCAGGAAAAAGAUCAGUGGUUUUUGUCAAGAGCUGUUAAAACCGCCAAGAAUGAGACCAUUACUAGAUUCCUCCAACUUUGUCUGUUUCCUAGGUGCACGUUUACGCAAAUCGAUGCUCUGUAUUGCGCAAAAUUCGUUCAUACCAUUCACAUGCUCAAGACUCCCAAUUUUUCGACGCUACUUUGUUAUGAUCGGUUGUUCUGUGAUAUCACAUAUUCAAUUACAUCGUGUACCGAAAACGAAGCAAUGCGUUACGGCAGAUUUCUCUAUGCCAUGCUAGAAACAGUUAUGAGGUGGCAUAAAUCAAAAGAAACCUUCGAGAAAGAAUGUGCAAAUUACCCCGGUUUCGUAACAAAGUAUAGAGUCAGUAAUCAGCACGCCGAUAAUUUGGAUAACGUUGGGUAUGAAAAUUACCGUCAUGUUUGCCAUAAGUGGCAUUAUAAACUAGCUAAAGCGAUGGUGACUUGUUUGGAAUCGAAAGACUACGUUCAGAUAAGAAAUGCUCUUAUAAUCCUUAUCAAAAUCAUCUUGUACUUCCCAGUGCUUAUUAAACUCAGUCAGUUCAUUGAGAAGAGAAUAGAGAAGGUACGAGACGAGGAGAAGAAUAACAGACAGGAUCUCUUUACGUUAUCCAGCAGUUAUUUGGGCCUUCUGAAACAGAGGAUGACCAGCGGGCACAUGAUGAAGGAAGGGGACUUUCAUAUACCUGUCGAGAAGGAAAAGAUCCUGAAAAAUCACGAGAACAAAACAGAUGCCAACAAGCAUAAUGGGGAUACAAAAGAUGAUGCGGCAAAGGAAAAGUUGGAAAAGAAACAAUCGCGUCAGCCAACCGAAGACCUUAAGCAGCCGUCAAAGAGUCAAAGUACAAAUGUUGAUUUUAAUAGGUAAGUUGCUUUUAUUUUUUUUAUUUGUCAUAUGUUAAUAGCGUAAUUUAGUCCUAAGGAAAGAAACGAAAAGAAUUAUAAGGAGGAGCCAAAAGAGAAAUACAGGGCUGAGAAACGUGAGGAAUUUGAGAAAGAACGCGAUAGAGACAAACGGAGGGAGAGAAAAGAGGAGAAAUUGAAUGCUAAUAAAGAAGAUAGACACGACAGACAGUAUAAUAGAGACGAGAGGUACAUAGAAAUGGUUAGCCCAAAGGAAGACGUGAGAUAUUCUAGUGAGAGGCAAGUUGAUAGAUAUUAUGAUGAACGAGGCGGUCAUUACUAUAGAGAAAUUAGAGAAGAAAGAGAGACGGGUUUGGGAGGAAAUGGGAAUUUGGGAAGGCACAGUCAAGAACCCGAACCCGAUAGAGAUGUAAAAAGAAGAAAAGUCGACACACCUUCCAAGAGUUCCAAACAUGAAGAACGGAAACAGCUUGAUUUCUUCGCCGAAAAGCCAGAAAAGAAGGAGCGCACCAACAAAUUGAAAGAAAAACGGGAAAAGAUGAGUGAAGAGGAGAAGGAACUGAGAAAAGAAAGAAAACUUGGAAGAAAAAGGGAUCGACUUGACGAGGCCGUACAACAAGAAAUGAAACGGCGACGUGAAGAAGAAAAAGUUGCUAAACUUCUGUCACAAAAUGGAGAGCUUUUAGAACCACCCUUACACCCAAGGGAAAAACAUCAUCGAACCAGAGAAAUAUCGCCAUAUCCAAGAGACCGUUCACAUGAAAAGUCUGAACCUAGAGAUAAACAUAGGAGGAGUUCAGAAAACAAAAGAAGAUAACCUAUAACGCAAUGAAAAACGCUGAGAGUUGAAUAAAGAUAUAAGUUUUCAAUGGUCGUAUAAAAGAAGUAUGCUAGGAAGUACAUUAAAGUAUAUUUUAUAUGUGGUUCAUAUUAUGUUAAAUGAAAUAAAUCAAGUUAGUAAUUA